UGAUGAUUUGCAGACCAAGACUAAUGAAAGAACAAAAUGACUUAUAAAAGUUGAAUGAUCCCACAAUGAUUAUAUAAGUCAAUGAAACUGAUAUACUUAUUUGGUAUGUCUAUUUAUUCGGACCUGAAGACACUCCAUUUGAGAAUGGAAUCUUUAAAGUAUAAGAUCAAUUUAUGAAUAUAGAUUAAAGUUUCUAUUCCACCUAAUUAUCCUGUUAAAGCACCUACACUUCAUUUUCUAACAAGAAUAUUUCAUCCAAAUGUUCAUAUGGACACAGGUGAAGUAUGUUUAGAAGUGCUUUCAUAAAAAUGGGAGCCACGUUGGACAAUUGAAAGUAUCAUUCGAGCGGUUAGAUUAAUGCUCUAAGAACCCAAUCCAGAUAGUCCAUUGAAUUGUGAUGCAGCUAAUUUACUUAGAGCUAAUGAUAUAAUCGGAUAUAAAUCAAUUGCUUAAUAUUAUACUUCAAAAUAUGCUAUAGAUAAACAUGAAUAUAUGAAUAAAGUGAAUGUUAAAGAUAAGAAAACUUAAUGA